AUGGCUGAUUUUCAUGGAUUGCCAAUUCCAAAUCACGCUGAAUUUGAAAAUACGCAGAAUAAGUUGAUUGUUGAGGAGUUGAAUUACGAUAUCAAUAGCAACAAAAUCCUGCAUGAUGAUCUAUACAUUGGUCUAAACAAUGGACAGAGAGACAUUUACAAUUCAAUUAUUGAUUCAGUUUAUAAUGAAAGAGGAAAGCCGUUUUUUGUUUACGGGCAUGAUGGAACAGGCAAAACAUUCCUAUGGUCAACAAUAAUAGCAAAAUUGCGAUCUGAAGGUAAAAUUGUUCUCGCUGUUGCGACGUCAGGGGAAAAAUAUGAUGUGAUGCAAGCAUGUUUAUCUUCAUCUCCCCUUUGGGAACAUGUCACCGUGUUGAAGCUAACAGAAAAUAUGAGAUUAAUAAAGAAUUUCCAAAGCGAUUCAGAAUUGGAUGAGUUGAAUACUUUUGAUAGAUGGUUACUGCAAAUUGGUGAAGGAACAAGAGUAUCAAAAGAUGAAAGCUUUAUAGAAAUUCCUAAAGAUUUGAAACUUUCUCAACACAGAAAUCCAGAAGAAAGAAUUGUGAAUGUUGUUUUCCUAAAUCUAUCUGCUGAGAUAGGCAAUAUUGAUUACAUCAGAGAGAGGGCAAUAUUGACAGCCAGAAAUGAUACAACUCAUGAAUUAAACGACUACAUUAUUCAAAAAUUACAAUCAGAAUUGAAGACCUAUUAUAGUUCAGACAACACUUGUGAAGCAGCAAGGACUUCAAAUGAUGAUGACAUUCUAUAUCCAACAGAGUUCCUUAACUCUUUGAUGUGCUCUGGUAUGCCAAAACACGAAUUGCAAUUAAAAAUUGGAGUUCCAAUUUUGUUGCUACGAAAUUUGAAUCAAUCAGAUGGUCUUUGCAAUGGGACGAGAUUGAUUGUGACCGAUCUAGGGAAGUGGUGCAUACAAGCAACAAUUAAUACAGGAUCAAAUAUUGGUGAUAAUGUUGUGAUUCCUAGAAGAAAGAUGUCCAAUGCAGAUAUGAAAUGGCCUUUCAGACUGAAGAGAAGGCAAUUACCAAUUGCAGUUAGCUUUUGUAUGACUAUAAACAAAAGUCAGGGUCAAUCACUCAAAACGGUAGGAUUGUAUGUAAAACACCAAGUAUUUACCCAUGGACAAUUAUAUGUUGCCCUAUCAAGAGUAACUUCGAGAAAAGGUAUCAAGAUUUUAUUAGUCCAACAACAACAUGAACCAGAAGAAAACUUGCGGAAUAUUGUUUUCAAACAAGUGUUUCACAGGAUAGAAAAUUAG